AUGAGAUCACGCGACCGCAGUAUUCGUGGGAAUUAUAUGGAGAAUAACGACAACAAACCAAAAACAAACCUUGAACAAGUCCUCCAGGGCGUGGCUUCCCUAGGAAGCGGACGAUUAGAGGAAAAUAAUACAGCGAAGGCGCGUCUAACCAAGACCCGUCCUCGUUUCAGCGGCGCCACCAACCGCCGUUACAAAAGGGAGAAGGCUGCAGCAGCCCAAACUCCAACUCCCUCAAGCGUAAAACUCAAGGUCGUCGACCGAGAGUCGUUUGCUCAGGCGACAAAGGGGACUAUCAGGAUGGCCCUCGUAGUGAACGGUUAUUCUGAAAACAAGCUAGGUUCCAGUGAGGUAAACGAGAUCAGGAAAUUGAUCACGCAGCGUAUUCUCGAUCUUUCCGAAAAUGGACUAUACGCCAACCAACAAUCGGUGGAUUGGCUAAAAAACCAAUCCACCGAAUUUAAUAUAGGUGGACAUAGUUUGCAUAUGCUGCCGGCCGGGAAGUUUCCCAAGCGACCCCGGGUGGUGGUACAUGUAGAAGAGUCUGAUUUGGUGGCUGUCGGAGAAGCUAUUAAACUUUUCGACAGGCAAAACGCGGAUCUGAGUGCCAAGGAAUGGAUCGUUAUGAGAACGAAAGCAAACGCCAAGAGCGUCCACUUCGCUGCCAUGAUCGACGGCGCUUUCCUAAAGGCUCUCAAGACCUGCGGCUUUAAACCCUCUUGUGGGCUAGGUCGAGCAACUGUAAAGUUGCUCGAUAAUAAACACAAGGGGGAGAUGACUCCAAGGACGAAGGAGACCGCUUAG